AUGAAUACUGCAGCGGUGAAUGUCCAGCUGGUAGGGUUGGAUGAGGAGAGCUCUGAAUUUAUUUGUAGAAACACCUUUGAUCAUCCGUAUCCUACAACAAAGAUCAUGUGGAUUCCAGACACUAAGGGCGUGUAUCCUGAUUUGCUGGCAACCAGUGGUGAUUAUUUAAGAGUUUGGAGAGUGAGUGACACUGAAACCAGAUUGGAAUGUUUGUUAAACAACAACAAAAAUUCAGAUUUUUGUGCCCCUUUGACCUCUUUUGACUGGAAUGAAGUGGACCCUAAUCUGUUGGGUACAUCAAGCAUUGAUACUACAUGUACCAUCUGGGGACUGGAGACUGGCCAAGUGCUGGGAAGAGUAAAUUUGGUAUCAGGACACGUGAAGACUCAGCUUAUAGCACAUGAUAAAGAGGUGUACGACAUUGCAUUUAGCCGAGCAGGUGGUGGGAGAGACAUGUUUGCUUCUGUUGGUGCUGAUGGCUCUGUGCGGAUGUUUGACCUGCGCCACCUAGAACACAGCACCAUUAUUUAUGAAGAUCCUCAGCAUCAUCCUCUACUGCGUCUUUGUUGGAACAAACAAGACCCUAACUACCUGGCCACAAUGGCCAUGGAUGGCAUGGAGGUAGUAAUUCUGGAUGUCCGUGUCCCCUGCACACCAGUAGCUAGAUUAAACAACCACAGAGCUUGUGUCAACGGCAUUGCCUGGGCACCACAUUCUUCUUGUCACAUCUGUACAGCAGCUGAUGACCACCAAGCUCUCAUCUGGGAUAUUCAGCAAAUGCCACGUGCCAUUGAAGAUCCAAUUUUGGCUUAUACUGCAGAAGGUGAAAUUAACAAUGUGCAGUGGGCAUCAACUCAGCCUGACUGGAUAGCCAUAUGCUACAAUAACUGUCUGGAAAUUCUAAGAGUGUAACAUGACUGGCUAAUGAAAGAUACUUUGGGGAUUAUGAUGCAUUUGUUUAAAUUGUUAUGUAAAGCGUGAGUGAAGCUCUCCAGGGCCAUAACUGACAAUUUGCUACAUCAAACUACUUGUGGAUUUACUCAAGGACCCUUAAUGUACAUAUAUUCAACUUGGAUGACUUCAGCAAAGAAAGCAUACAAUGUGGGCAACAGGCCAUGUUUUUUGAACACAGAAUCACAGUCACAAGAGACUGAGCCUGAUAAAAUGGAAUAUGUCAUUGUUUUGAACAUGUCUUGCUUAAAAAUGGUUUUGAAACAAGUUUGGUAAGCAGUAGAUGAGAAUUUAUUCAGGGUUUUGUUUUAGUUAUUUAAUAAAAGUUUAAAUGUGUAUAAAAUGUGUAUAUUUAAAACAGUAGCCAGUUUUGCUGGCUGUAACAAUGAGAUCGUAGUGGUGCUGCCUUUAGUCUUGACACUUUUCAGUGAUAUUUGAAAAUUUGUUACAUUCGAGUUACUUUGUUUAGCCUUGUAUAGCUCAAAUUUUAUAGCAGUUGACACACUGCAGGUUUCCUUUUCAUGUACAUGCACAAAAGAGACUCAGAAUUGGUGAUCUUUUAUCUUCUUAAAUAUACUUUGCAUUGGUGAUGUAGGAUUUAUUUUCACUUCCAGUGUAACUGUAUGUGCCAUUUUGACAUGCAACAUAAAGUUAUGAAGUUUUAAUUCUCAA